AUGAGAAAAUAUUUACUAAGUUUUUUUCUUAUCCUCAUUUCCUUUGAUUCUAUGAACUCGUUGAUGCCUCCUCUAUUCAGAAAAUUCAAUGUUGAAAUUGUAAACCUGUUAGGGUUUAACAAAAAGUUAAAGGUUCAUUGCAAGAGCGGAAGUCAUGAUUUUCCGAUUACAUAUCUUAAUAGCGGCGAAAAAUUUCAAUUUCAAUUUACUAUCCUCCUAACUACUCUGUAUUGGUGCAAUUUAUGGCAGGGACCAAAUUACAAACACCAUGUGGUUUUUGAUGCGUUUCUUCCAGACAAAGAUUUUAUAGAUGGUACAUGUACAGGAAUGCACCGUAAUGUAUGUAGUUGGAUCGCAGAAGAAGACGGAAUCUAUGUCAUCAACAAGCAGUUUCAGGGAGAAUAUUUCAUGUAUAGAUGGGAUGCUCCCUCAAAAAACACGUCAACUGGUGCGCUUGCGAGUGAAUAUGAAUUUCGUAAUACAUAA